GGCCAGCUCAGCGCAUCAGACCUGUGGUGUUGUCAGUUUGCAGCCUGUCAAACACUGGUAUCAGUUACCUGUAGCGUUUAGCGGGCUGCGGAGAAACACCCGGACAUUGCGGAGAGAUGGUGCUGCUGACGAUGAUCGCUCGGCUGGCUGACGGGCUGCCGUUAGCCGCCUCAAUGCAGGAGGACGAGCAGUUGGGUCGGGACCUUCAGCAGUAUCAGAGUCAAGCUAAGCAGCUCUUCAGGAAACUCAAUGAGCAGAGUCCCACGCGCUGCACUUUAGAGGCUGGUUCCAUGGCAUUUCACUAUUUUAUAGAGAAAGGUGUGUGCUACCUUGUGCUGUGUGAGGCUAGCUUUCCUAAGAAGCUGGCCUUUGCUUACCUAGAAGACCUGCAGGCAGAGUUUCAUGAGCAGCACGGAAAGAAGGUCCCCACAGUUUCCCGGCCCUACUCCUUCAUUGAAUUUGACACCUACAUCCAAAAAACCAAGAAGUCGUACAUUGACAGCCGAGCGAGAAGGAAUCUGGGCAGCAUCAACACAGAGCUCCAGGACGUGCAGAGGAUCAUGGUGGCUAACAUAGAGGAGGUGCUGCAGAGAGGAGAGGCUCUCUCUGCACUAGACUCCAAGGCCAGCAACUUGUCCAGCCUGUCAAAGAAGUACAGGAGCGACGCCAAGUAUCUGAACACCCGCUCCACCUAUGCCAAGCUGGCAGCCGGCGGUGUCUUUUUCAUCAUGCUCAUUGUCUAUGUGCGCUUCUGGUGGCUCUGAGACAGAACAGAGAAGAAGAGGAAGGAGGUAUUCGUGGAAAAUGAGCUGCACAGAACCUGCAGACACUAAGAAGCUGUCACCUUCGACUAAAAACAGAAUCCCUGCUCUUAAUAAGACUUUGCAGACAUACCACCGCCCAUUUUGUUCUCGCCUGUCCAUGGAUGUGUGAUCUGAAUAUAAAUGAUGUCACAACACAUAGUUUUAUUAUUGACAAUUACACAGUAAUCCGCUAGUAGUUGCCCUGGAGAUAGGUUAAGAGGAAAUGAGUGAUUGGCUGUGUGCGUGUGGGUUGAUUGCUUUUGUUUCUGAAGGCAAUUAAUGGUGAUUGGUUUUGAAGUGUGGGGGGAAAAUGAAGAGAAAAAGGAAUUUCCUGAAAUUUCCAAAGCUGUACUGUACUAUAACAGGACUGAUUUAAUCUUGUAUACUGUCUAAUAACACGGAAGAGAGCAACAAAAAACAUAACUUUAUUUAACCUGAGCACAUCAUAUGGGUAUCUGCGUUCAUUAGCAUUAUAAUCACAGUAGUAAUGGCUUGACAGGUACAACAGUUAAAAAUGUUAGGAAAACAUACCGUUCAUUCAGCAACAACAUUGCAAAAGUAAUUUAAGUAGAUUGUUUUUUCAAAAAUACUGUAUGGAAUACUUGCAAAAUGCCAUUUCACCUGUGUCUGAUUUAACAGAUGUUUCUGCCAUUAUGGGAUGUCAGUGACCCUACAAGGGACUGUACAAAAAUUAUUGGGAGGGUUGUCAGGAAAAGGGGAGGUUGAUUUGUUUUUGCUAAAGGGAAAGGAAAGGGAGAACAGGAGAGGGUCAUUUUGUUUUACUCACCCCAAAUUUAGAUUUCAGCCUUCCUUGUGAGAUAAAAUAGUCUCUAAACGUUUGUUAAGACCAACAAUCCUGUCAUGCUUUUGCAUUUUUCCCAUCGCAGUCAAUUAGCUAAUAGGACCAGUAUGUUAAUUAUGAGAAACACAAUAUAAAGUUUGAAGUAUCCUAUAAAGUUAGCCUGCAUUGUAAUUCAAGUUUAGCCUUUUAGUCACUGUCUCUUUAGUCUAAAAUAGAAAGUAGCUGUUCAUCAUUUUAUGUUGCCAUAUAUGAGGUAUUAAAGGCUAUUGUAUUGUAAUGUAUUAUUCCAAUAACAUAUUGAGGUUUAUUAUCGAUUUCAAAUCUGAUCCAUUUUAUUUAUGCAGGUUUUUUUUUCAAAGGAGACAGUCCAAAGAAAAUACACUGGGGAGGGCCAUGUUUUUAAAGAAAUGAAAUGUAAGAUCCCCCCUCCCCCAUAAAAAGCAUUUUUGUACAGUCCCUAACCUGACCUCAAUAAAGUGUGUCCACGUUCCCUUUAUGAUCUCUUCCACCGUGACUGUGUGGACCAGCACCUUUCUGUUCGCAGGUGUUUAAAAAAAAAAAAAAAAGGUGUCUGGUCCUGUUAUUUUGUAUAAAGUUUACACUUGUAGACUCAGUUUGAAAGUGGAUUCAGGCUGAGAGUCACAGGUGUGUUCGGCCGCCGCCGUCUGCUCACGGCUGGAAAAGAACACCGUCUCUUUCUCCGUUCUGUCUGCUCUCUAUGAAUAAAAUCAUUUGCAC